UGCAGCUGUGGGCAGGACGAGCUUAAGCCUCCUGGUGAACAGGGCAGCAGGUCAUGCUUUAUCGACAGGUCGAUUAAGUCGCUCGGUGUCAGGAAAACUAGGCUACACUUUUCUCUUUGUUAUUUAUUUCUACAUUAAAAUUUCGAUGGCUGAAGCCCGGCGAAUAGAGGAGGGAGAGGGGGAGCGCAGAGAGCAGCGGGACGUCCGGAGCAGGAGCCAGACAACAGACCAUCCUGAAAGAACCAAGCAAGAUCACAUAAACUCAAGCCCAGGACCUCUGUCUACUAUACGAGCUGCUAUCAAAAGAACAAGAACAAACUCUCAGAGUGACCACACCAGAGACAGACGGCGUCCAGAGAUCACCAUCGUCUCAGCAGAACCUCUGGCCAGUAACAGCUGGUUCUCAGGAGGGUCUGUGGUGUUUCCUCCUCCCCAGUCAGGCUGGCCUGCUGGAAUCCAACCUGUUUCUCAGCCCCCACCAUCCUAUGACCAGGUGAUCCAAGAGAAGACCCAGGAAGAGCACACAGUCAUACCCACUGCAGCCCCCCGCAAGACCGCCUGCACCACCACAAGCUCCACACAGACCGACCCUGUGAGGGAACAGUCCUCUGAAACUGUCCCACAGUGCAGUGCUGCUCCACAACCAUCAGGAAAAAGACCCACUGGUCAAAAGCCUAAAAAACCACCAAGGCCAUCACUGCCCAGAGUUAAAGAACCAGCCACUGAGACUGCUGGAACAAAUAUUACAUUACCUACUAGCUCUGAAAGCCAAAGUGACUCCAAGACAGAUUUAAGGCAAUCAAAUGAAACAGAUUCCACGCAGACUUACACCAGAUCUGUCAUUGUGCACUGGGAUACUUCUGAAAACCUUCCUUCUUCCCCUGCUGCUCAAACGACUCCCUCCUCUUCAGACUUGGACGACAAUCAACGGCCAGUUCCACUUCCUCGUACAAAAAGACUAAACACACCCAAUACAGGAGAGGUGAAAGUCCAAACUCUGGUUAAGCUCGGUGAAAGUAGUGAAGAAAACCUCCCUGAUCUAGAAGACAUCUCCUCAAAUAAGUAUUUACAGGAGUUAUUGGAAGUUUUUACAGCAGACAUUGAGUCUGAGAGGAAAACUGACAUCCCAAACCAAUCAGAAGAGAUCUUAGAAGGUGAAAAUGCUGAUGACGAAAUGAGCACCAACCACAGUCAACGUGAUAUCCGUGCCAGGAUCCAGGCCUUUGAGAGCCAGGUUUGUGAGGAGGGAAAUGUUGAACCUGCCAAACCAGAACCUAAACCCAGGAAACCACCAAACAAACCUCUGGUCGCUGCCAAACCUUCUGUAGCUCAAAAACCUCAGUUUAACCAGAGUACUGAAGAGGACAAUCAGAAUGUCUCGACCACAAAAAUCCCACCGACACCAGCUCCUAAACCUCCCAAGAAACUCGUGGGAGAGUCUGUGAGAGACGAACUAGAGAGCAUACACAACAAGGGGGUGAUUCCAAAGAGAUCCCGGCCAUCUGUACUGACCAGGUCCAACUGCAUCUGUGAGGAUGAACCGAUUCCAGUUAUACCUCCUAAACCUCCCGCAAAGCCUGUUAAAGAACCUUUGAGACCGAACCUCAACAUAAACAACCACAACUCAGCCUCCAUGACCCGAGAGAAUGAGUAUGUGGAAAGUCCAACAAAUCACACCCCGGUCAAACCUCAGCGUAACGUGGACAGCAAUGGAGGCUCCUUCCCUAGACAGAGUUUAACACGGAGACCGACCACCAUCAGGGUCCCCAGCAAAACUGAUUCAUUUUCAGAUAACUUUCAAGACAACCCCCCUCCCCUCCCUGCUCAGAAGCCUGUGGGCCACCUAAACAACUCCAUGAACCACAGCCAAAGUCGGGUACCUGUCCUCCCUGUCCAGGAGUCGUUCCAGUCUGGGCCUGAGCCUUCUCUUCCUCCUCGGAGGCAGAGUACAAUCAAAUCCCUCCCACCUCGCCCUCCUCCAGCCAAAGCAGGACCAGGAAGACCUCCUCCACCCAGCCCUCAGGUGCAAAGUCGAUCCCACACAGCAUCAUGGGACGUUUCAUCUAAACCCCAGACACAAAAGUCCCAAAGGAGAGGACCCGUCUUACCUCCAAGGCCCAACCCAGGCCACCGUCUCUACAACAACUACACACUUCCCCUUCCUCAUGGGAUUGCAUCCUUUGACUACAAUGGGAGUGCUACAGGCGAACUGUCUUUUCAGAAAAAUGAAGUGCUUCUGCUGCUAGAGGAAAUCGACUACAAUACAUUUGAGUGCCAAGUUGGAGAUGCUAAAGGCAGAGUCAACAAGUCACGAAUGAAGGUCAUAACUCCGCUUUCCUCCUUCUCAAACAUGUCUCCGCCACAGAGUGUCAGUCAAGUUGGUUCAGGAGGAGCUGGACUAAAGGUUCAAGCUGUUUAUGACUUCAAUCCAGAGAGUCCUGGAGAGCUGAGUCUGAGAGCAGGUGAUAUAGUGACCAUGGUGGAGCAGGUGGACAGUGAGUGGUACAGAGGCACCUGUAGAGGAUCAACCGGUUUCUUUCCCAUUAAUCAUGUCAAAGUUCUGCCAAAUCACUCACCAAAACCUCCCCCAAAGCCACCAUCUGCCACAGUCAGUGGUCCAAGAUGCGUGGCCAGGUUCGACUUUGAGGGCGAGCACAGCGAUGAGCUGUCGUUCUCUGAGGGGGAUGUGAUACAGCUGAAAGAGUACACUGGAGAGGAGUGGGCUCGGGGAAAGAUUGGCAACUCUACUGGUAUCUUUCCUCUAAACUUUGUAGAGAUAAUUGAAGAUCUGCCUCCAGCUCCGAGUCACCAGCAGACACAGCCGAUCAGGAUAGCACUGCCUGGCAUGGCGGCUGCCCAGAGUCCACACCCUGAAGCUGCCCAGGCAUCUCAGUCCAGUGUAGAGUGGGUGGUGGCUUUGUAUGACUUUGCUGGAAAUUCAGAGGGCGACCUCUCCUUUCAACAGGGUGAUCAGAUCCUGAUCACUCAGCAUGUGGAUGCUGAAUGGAGCUGUGGUCGGCUCAAUGGCAGAGAGGGCAUGUUCCCCAGAACUUUUGUUCAGAGCAGCACAGGCCAACAGUCGUCUAAUAAUCAACCCACAGCAGCUGCUGAUGGUCGAAGAGCUCGGGCUCUGUUUGACUUUACAUCAGACUGUGAUGAGGAGCUCACUAUGAAGGCUGGAGACAUUAUAACCAACCUGGAGUCUGUAGAUGACGAAUGGUUCCUGGGUGAUCUGAGAGGGGCACGAGCCCUGGUCCCAAAGAACUAUGUCCAAGUACUGGGAUAGCGCCAUGAGGCUUUCAGCACAACGAAAGAAAGAAGACAUUGUAGGAUGAUCAAAUAAAAUGAACUCUGAGGGCUCAAGUUAUGGAGGUGAACCUUGUUAAAUACGAACACAGUAUUUCAUCUCCAAUCAUAGCAAUUUCUUAUUUUCACCAGCUGCCUUAAAUUAAAAUGGUGUAUGUAAUGUGUAAUGUAUGAUUAUGAAUUAUGUUGGCCUGAAUAUUAAAUAUCCUGGAUUUUGACAUACAA